UGUUGUAGCCAGCUGCUUCAACUGGCCUAAUCCACGGCAGUGAGAGGGAAACGAGAUCGAUCUGAAGUCGCUUGUUCACUCUGGCUCUUCCAUGUGUAGUGAGGAAUACAUUCCCAGGUUAUAGGAUCUAAGGACCAUGGCCGACCCCACAAGUUACGACGAGGGCCCGGGAACGGGGUUCACGGACAUGUUGGAAAAUGUAACAUACCUGUUGCACAACAACAUGACACCGAGUGAAAUACAGCGCCAGAAUGCCUUCGUGAACGCUCUGACCAUAACCCGCAACAUAUAUGUCCCGACCAUAGUUAUGAUCGGUUUGGCUGGAAACUUCCUGUCCCUUGUCGUGUUUACAGCUAGCCAGCUCCGCCAUGUAUCAUCAUCCGGGUAUCUUGCGGCCUUGGCAUGCGCAGACAACCUCUUCCUGUUAUCGUUACUCGUGACGUGGCUGGACGGAAUAACACCAAUCAUGUUUUCCAAAGAAGCAUGUCGGUUUAUUAUCUUCAUCACCUACAUGUCAAGCUUCCUUUCAGUGUGGAACGUCGUGUGCUUCACGAGUGAACGCUACAUCGCGAUAUGCCAUCCUCUCCAUGCCCCGAUGAUCUUCUCCAAGCUGCAGGAGAAGUAUGUUGUCAUAAUCUUCCUCGUACUGUCAGCUCUUCUCUACAACUUUGCUCUCUGGACCAUUGAGACCCAGCCCUACAAGAACCGCCUUCUUUGUUCCGGUAACCCUACGUUCUUUUUCCUCAUGAAUAUCGUGACGUGGAUCGACACAAUUCUCACCAUGAUUCUUCCUUUCCUCCUCAUCCUCUUCAUGAACGUGCGGAUCGUGUGGCGUGUCAUCCGGUACCAACGGAAACGGGAAAGUGUCCUCCAGACCCACAAGACAGAAAAGACGCCCGCUCUGAGAAACAAGUCACAGAUGAGGAUAACCCGAACACUAUUACUUGUAUCCACCACCUUCCUCGUCCUCAACCUACCCAGUCAUGUGAUCCGACUGGAACAGCUGAUUUCAGCUUCCAAUAACUACAACCCCCUCCACCUGAAGUUAAUACAAGAGAUCGCGCAACUUAUUUACUACUCGAACUUUAGUGUUAAUUUCUUCCUGUAUGCCAUAUACGGAAAACAUUUUAAGAAAUCAUUGAAGAUGUUGAUCACUAACAUGUGCCGCAGAAAGAAGACUUUUUCCCGUGACAGAUGCCGUUCCGAUUUUAACCGAACAUCAACAACAUCAAUGCAGGCUUAUUCCAGGUGACUAGUCGUAAAGGAAAGUCAGUUAUGACGGUGUUUAAACUUAUGGUGCUGCGGCAGGGGUGACAGGUGUGCUCGUUAUUAGAAGCAAGGUGUUUUUGGUGACUUGGCUUUGUGAUGAUAAUAUUUUACAGUGCCCGACCAUAAAGAAUAGGUUCUUGUCGCUCUGGCCAGAUGUAGUGGUGACCAGAUGUGCAAUAUCCCAAUCAUAAUGGGCAUUUGUUUUCAACUAUGACAAUACCAAGUACCAGACUAAAGAUUUUCAAUUACGGAGUUGACUCAGAGUGACAAUGUUCCUUUGUUGAGAUGUGUAUCGGUGACAAUACUUGGUAUAAUAUAGAGAGCCGAUGUUCAGGUGCGGAGUAACAUGUCUGUGACAAUAUCAAGCCCCAGUGUGACGAUGUUCAGAUGUGGAGUAACAUGUCUGUGACAAUAUCAAGCCCCAGUGUGACGAUGUUCAGAUGUGGAGUAACAUGUCUGUGACAAUAUCAAGCCCCAGUGUGACGAUGUUCAGAUGUGGAGUAACAUGUCUGUGACAAUAUCAAGCCCCAGUGUGACGUUGUUCAGAUGUGGAGUAACAUGUCUGUGACAAUAUCAAGCCCCAGUGUGACGAUGUUCAGAUGUGGAGUAACAUGUCUGUGACAAUAUCAAGCCCCAGUGUGACGAUGUUCAGAUGUGGAGUAACAUGUCUGUGACAAUAUCAAGCCCCAGUGUGACGAUGUUCAGAUGUGGAGUAACAUGUAUGUGACAAUAUCAAGCCCCAGUGUGACGAGGUUCAGCUUUGGAGUAACAUGUCUGUGACAAUAUCAAGCCCCAGUGUGACGAUGUUCAGAUGUGGAGUAACAUGUCUGUGACAAUAUCAAGCCCCAGCGUGACGAGGUUCAGGUGUGGAGUAACGUGACUGUAACAAUAUCAAGCCCCAGCGUGACGAUGUUCAGAUGUGGAGUAACAUGUCUGUGACAAUAUCAAGCCCCAGUGUGACGAUGUUCAGAUGUGGAGUAACAUGUCUGUGACAAUAUCAAGCCCCAGCGUGACGAGGUUCAGGUGUGGAGUAACGUGACUGUAACAAUAUCAAGCCCACGAUGAACGGUGUUCAGCUUUGGGGACAACUUAUAUGGGACAACAUCAAGCCCGCAAGAGACGGUGUUCAGCUUUGGAGUAACUUAUAUGUGAUAAUAUCAAGCCCGAGCGUGGCGAUGUUCUUAUACGGAGGAACUGAUAAGUGACAAUAUCAAGCCCUAGAGUGACGAUUUCAAUUUGGUGAUCGGCAUGUCAUAUCUGGAUCCUAGAGUAACGAUGUCCAUUUGUGAAAAAAAGCCUACCUGUGAAGGAGGAUCAUAUAUGUAAAGAUGUCAAUUUGCGGAGGUUCCUAUAUAUGACUAUAUCCUGUCCAAAAGUGAUGAUGUCCAGUCGUGGAUGCGCCUAUAUGUGACCAUACCAUUCCUUGGAAGUGUUUAUCAAUGAUAGUUUUAAAAUAUUGCAGUAAAUAUCUACGUCACGGGCAUUGCAGAGUUGCGUCCCUUCGUUGUGCCGUGAUCCGCUGAUCAUGAUUUCGAAUAAUAGUAAUAAUAAUAAUAAUAAUAAUAAUAAUAAUAAUCGAAUAUAUGAUUAUAUAUUGCGCAUAUUUCCACACCACUCGGGGGCAUGCUCUAAACGCUAUUAUUUCCCCGGGCACUGGAUUAGUGUGCAUUCAAGAAUCAUUUUCAGCUCCUUGGGGAGCAUGCAACCCAAGCUGUUAUGUGCUAGAAGGUUGACAACCACAUUGCCAUCUCAUCCUACCGGGUACCCAUUCACUGCUGGGUGAACAGAGGCACAUUUCGAACAAAGUCACUUGCCCAAUGAGAUGCCGCAUGAGUUACAUGUGCUUCAGUGGGAGGGAAGCAUGCGUCUUUAACCUUCAUUUAGCUCACACGCUGAAAUAGAACUGAAAUACUGUUCACGUCGGCGUUAAAUCUGUCUGAAGAUCCAGGGUAGAAUAGGUCUUGAGCAACCCAUGCUUGCCGUAAAAGGCGACUAUGCUUGUCGUAAAAGGCGACUAA